AUGUCCGAAUCCCCGCGACAAAAUGGUCGGCCCCAGGGCCCCCCGCCGACCGCCGCGGAGGAGGAGCCUACCGCAUCGGCGAAGACAGCGCCGACCUCCAAACCAGGCCGGAAACUGCCCGAAUGGCUGGAUCAUUUCAAUGCACGCGAUCUCAAAGUGCUCUUCCGCUGCUCGGUGGCGGCGUGGGUCGCGUCGUUGUUGAUCUUCAUCGGACCGUCGCUGCGCCAGAUUGGGACCGCGACGUUCUUCGCCAACCUGGUGCUCUUCAUGGUUCCUCCGACCGGCAUCGUGUUCAUCUUCCUUUUGGGUGCUCUGACGCUCAUUGUGGGUAUGGCUCUGGGCUGGGCCUGGGGUAUGGUUGCUAUGAAGGCUGCACUGGCGGCGCGACCGGCGGCUGAAACUCAGGCUAAGCUCCAGCAAUUGGGGCAAUUGGCUUAUUCCCAAGCCAAUGCCACGGGGGUGCCGGUAGCGAUUGUGCAACAGCAGCUGGUCUACUCGGGCUUCAUGCUUGACGCUCGCGUAUCGGCCAUCUAUUUCUGCCUUAUCUGUUUUGCUGUCUACUUGCUGUCUCGUCUUCGGGCCAAUAACCCCAAGUUCAUCCUCUUCCAGAUCUUUGGUAUUAUCAUCAUGGAUGUCGUUUUGACGGUUGGCCCGCUGCUUCCAUCGUUCAGGGGAACGCUGCCCAGGAUUUUGAUGGAGCCCGCGGCUAUUGGAAUAGGGCUGGGAUUGGUUUCCCAUAUGCUCUUCUUUCCUCGGUCCACGUCGCAUGUUGUCCUCGAUGGCAUGGAAGGUUUAGUGCGACUACUGAAAGCGCCACUGGACCUUACCAUUGCUAGCCUAAUGAAGGGCGAAUCCUUAGACCUGAAGACCCUUCAGAAACUCAAGGCGAAAGGUAUUGCGGCCUACAAGGGCAUUGAGCCUCCAAUUGGCUUCUUGCAAUUGGAUUUUUCACUCGGUUGGUGGAAUGCGGACGACAUCAAGAGCCUCAAGGAGCCUAUCAGGCAGGCCUCGCUCAGCAGCUAUUCGUUGCUGGAUCUUCAUAUCUCCCGGGUGGGAGGGCAGAUGAAACUGGACAAGCUCGACGAAAUGACCGCGGGUCGAGAGCAGGAAUCCGACAGCGACGCAGAUGAGAAGCAGCGGCCGCGUGAGGUUGGCAUGCGCCAGUUGAUGGAAAGCGCCAAAUUAAUGCAAGCUCUGCGGAGCCCCGAGCAUGAGUCUUUGCGUCUGGAGACUGUCGAGGCAAUUCGCCAAUCCAGCAAGGAUAUCCUACCCGCAUGCCAGGGGGUUACUGUCAUCACCGCCGAUUGCAUCCACGCUGUCAAUUCGUCGCGCUGGUUUGGCCGGCCCUCCAAGGCGCGUCUGAACGAGCUCUAUGAAUGCGGCCAGUCUGCCCUCAGCGAGCUUCAGACACUUCGCGCCUCCUUUGCCACGGAAACCACCGAACGACUCAUUCAGACCCAUGCGGACUUGUUCGAUGAAAAGGGCAUGCUCAAGUCUGUCGAUGAGAUCUCGAUGCACAAGGUGAGGGGAAUUACUCUCGGCAUGGUUUUUGAAGAACAGAUUCUCGGUGUGGUCCAUGCGUGGGAGAAAGUCCUCGGACAAGUCCUUGCCCUGAUGAACGAGCGCCAGAAGGUCCAAUUGUGGUUCCCGAGGGGGCUGCGAUACGCAUUCAGCUGGGUCUGUCGACGAAGUGCCGUCACCCCUGUCACCGCAGCUCACUCGCCAGCUGUCGAUCCUGACAUUGUCGAGGCGCAGUCGAAGGCGGCACAGCAGAACCUUCGUAUUAGCCGAGGAUAUCGCGUCAAGCAACGCAGUGGGCUCGGCCAGGCCAUCCUGGGCACGUAUCACUGGUUCAUCAGCGCAGAGGGUCUGUAUGCACUACGCAUGGUGAUUGUCACCAUUGCCCUGGCCAUUCCCGCGGUCAUCCCGUCCAGCGCGAGCUUCUAUUAUCGACAGAAGGGGCUCUGGGCGCUCAUCAUGGGACAGACUACGGUUGUUGUCUAUAUGGCGGAUUUCACUUUCUCUCUUCUUUCUCGAACUAUCGGUACCGUGGUUGGCGGUGUUUUAGGCUUGUUGGGAUGGUAUAUUGGUUCUGGUCAUGGAGCGGGCAACCCAUAUGGUCUUGCCGCAAUCAUGGCUGCUAUUAUCAUUCCCCUGAUGUGGGCGCGCAUUUUCCUGCCCCCUGCGCUGCUUCAAGCCACGAUCAUGGGUGGUGCGACCUGCAUUCUCGUUGUCGGCUACAGCUACGAUGACACACACAUCCCGCAGUACGGUAACCCUGGACUAGGAUACGGUGUGUUUUGGCGCCGGCUUGUCCUUGUCAUGGUCGGGAUGGCGGCCGCACUCAUCGUGCAGAUCUUCCCACGACCGCCAUCUGCGGCACGGCACAUCUGCAGGUCGCUCUCGAAUGCCAUCCGAUCUCUCUCGGACCACUACGCGCUGCUGCUGUCCUGCUGGGGCCAGCCCGACCGCGACGACGGACUUGUGGCCCAGCAGCUUGCCCUCGAUCUCGCCGAUACCCUCAACACCCUUAAUGGGCCCAUUGCCAUGCUGCGCUUCGAGUUCUCUAGCUCUCCCUUCGACAGCGAGCGUCUGGGCCAGGUGCACUCGCUCUGCCACGAGCUGAACCAGCACCUGGGCCGCCUGCUGUUUUUGUCUGCAUCGCUGCCCGAAUACCUGCAAACCCGUCUCGCGCGCCAUGCCGGUCUCCUUGACCACCAUAAUGUCGGUGACAUCAUGUCGGUGCUCGGCGUCGUGGAGCAGUCCCUCAAGACUGGGGACCCCUUGCCAGAGGUGCUGCCAACGCCGCUGCUCAAACGCUGCCAUGAGUACUGGCAGUCGCGGCAGAUGAUGAUUGCCCUAAGCACGGAGCUCAUCCGCGACGAGAACUACCGCCGGUUCUGCGUCGCCGUCAGCUCGUACCUCAAGUUCCUGGCGGCGGUCGACGACCUGGUGCUGGUGCUGAAGGGCACGCUGGGCGAGUCGCAUAUUGUCAGUCGAGAGUUGGUGCACGGCUGGGAAGUCCCGGCGGACCUCGUCAUGCCUCCUCGCCUCGCCCGUCUUCCUCGGUGGAUGAGUCACUGGCUGGGGUAUCGCGCAGAGCCACCCAAGCCGCUGUCCCAGUGGACCGUGGCAGCGUGGUCCUUUAUCACGGCGUUUUGCGGGCUGUCCGUCAUGCAGGCGCUGUUUAACUAUUCCGAGUAUUUCACUGCGCGCCAUGUCCCGGGGAUAGUCGCAUCAUACGGCGCUUCCGCAGUCCUCUGCUUCGGCGCCAUCGAAAGCCCCCUAGCCCAACCGCGCGCCCUCAUCUUCGGGCACUUCUUCAGCGCCUUAAUUGGUGUAUGCAUCACCAAACUGUUCAGCCUCAUCCCCGAUCCCGCGCGCUUUGAGUCUCUGCGCUGGCUCGCCGCUUCACUGUCGACGGCGUUGGCCAUCGUCGCUAUGCAGCUGACUGGCACCACGCACCCGCCUGCUGGCGCGACGGCUCUGCUGCCGGCGACCAACGAGGAGAUCUGGCGCCUGUCAUGGUACUUCUUGCCUGUGGUUCUGCUGUCGUCUGCCUUGCUUAUGGCUUGUGCGUUGCUUCUGAAUAAUUUGCAUCGUCGGUAUCCUGUCUUUUGGAUUGCUCCGUCGCCGCCGGCGCAGCCUCAGUCUAAGCCGGAGCCUGUGCCUGUGUCGGCUGAUGAGGUUUCGGCGCGGCAGGGGGGCUGUCUAAGG